GAGGGAGGGAAGACCAAGUACAUUUUGAGAAUUCUUUCGCGUCUCGCUGGGCGCGAGAUGGAGCCCCGGUGGUCGGUAGGAGGCGGCGCCGCCGCGGCUGCACGCCAGGCCACUAAAGCGCCCGGAUCCAGCAGAAUCCCGUGCAGGAAUUUUGCCCGUGGAGCCUGCAGAUGGGGUCAGAACUGUCGAUUCUCCCAUGACAGAAAGGUGACCCAGAUCUGCAGGUAUUUCCAGAAUGGAUUCUGUGGCUAUGGAGACCGUUGCAGCUACCAGCAUAUCUCAGAAGCACCAACCUUGAGCAGAUGUAACUCAGAGUUGGCAUAUCAUGGAUUGCAGGGAAGCGCAUUGUCUCUGAACCGCCGGGGCUCAGAGCCAGCCAUCUUGCCAGAAGCAUCAAUAAGGAGCUGGGGAGGAGCUCGACGUGACUCUGAACCAGCUUUCUCGAGCAUGGCCCAGCUACAGACAAACUUCGGAAAUAUGAGUGUAUCAUUUGAUGAAGAAGAUGAAGAUGUGGAAAAACCUGUCACUCAGUGGCAUCCCCCUAAUUGGGCUCUUAGUAAAGAAUUUGUCCCCAGGGAGGCCACUUCUGAUUCUAGAUCUCAGGAAGAGAAACCUAACACCAUGUCUUUGAUGCCAGAAGAAGUAUCUAUCAAAGAGUGUGCUCCAGCUUCUCUGGUCCCAGAGGAACCGAAGGCAGAUGGUGGUUCUGGAUCAUCUGCAGCAGCUGUUGCAGCUGCAGUGGCACAGAGUGAGGAUGUGGUAUGUGGCAUCUGCAUGGACAAAGUUUCUCAGAAGACCUUACCUGAGGAACGUCUCUUUGGCAUUCUUCCUAACUGUACUCAUGCUUAUUGUGUUGGCUGUAUUCGGAAGUGGCGGAAGAGUCGGGACUUUCACAGUGCGGUGAUAAAGGGCUGCCCAGAGUGCAGAGUCACUUCAACAUACUUUAUUCCCAAUAAGUACUGGGUUUUUGAGUCAGAAGAGAAGGAAAAACUGAUUGAAUCUUUCAAGGCACGGACCAGCAAAAUAAGAUGCAAAUUCUUUGUGAGAGGCAAUGGUCAUUGCCCCUUCAAAUCAGAAUGCAUCUACCUCCAUGAGCUUCCUGCAGGCCAUCUCCCUGCUGCAAGGCCACGACAGAGAUCUGACCGGCGGAGGCGGCAACCUGUUGUCUUCACCCUGUCUCCAUCUGAAAGCUCAGAUGAUGAUGAUGACGACGACAUGUACCUUGUGCAGUGGGCCCUUACCUUUGCGCUGUUACACAGAGAUUCAGAUCUUGAUCUGUCAGAUUUUCUCUGGGAUUCGAGUGAUUCUUCGGACUAGAUGAAUAGACCUUCACUGAAGGCUGUGUUUUUCUGGUUCAGAGAACAGUUGUAUGAAACUGUGUCUAGGAGGAAAAGUGUAUGAUGAGAGACUUCCUGACUCUUGAUCAACUUAGUGGGCCUUACAUGUUUGGCAGGUCUUACAGUAUUUUGACUGGAAUCAAUUAACUGAGAGUAGAUAAUGCAGGGUUCAUUCUGUUUUGAGGGAGUGGGGGAAGCCUCCUGAUCCAAAGGGAAAGAUAGUGCUUUCAGCGUUGUCACCAUGUGAUAUUUUAUGUCUCACAAAUUGCACUGCAAUCUUUCUAUCUUUUGCUUACCUACAUAUUCACAUUUCUUCCCUCCAUGCCCUUAUAAUUAAAUCAUAUCUUGAAAUUCUCAGCAUGAAAUCUCCCAGUUGUCUCUCUUCUAGAAAGGUCUCUGGAUUUUCUGGGGCUCAGACAAUCUCUGUGUAUUCUGGAGAGGCCAAGUGAUUGGAUAUAUUCAUCCUGCUGCACAUUUUCCUCAGGAAGGCAAGUUUGCCUAAACAGUGCUCUCUUCUAGAGCUAGCAUAACCUGCAUCUUACAAUUGUAUAGCAGUCCUGGUUUUUUGUGUCUGUAUAGGAGGCUGUGGGGGUAUGGUAUAAGCUAAACCUUGAAUUUUUAUUGAUCCAGUGAUCAAUUAGUGUCAUAGGCUUAGAUCUCAUAAUUAAAUCCUUAGAAUCAGGGAUCGGUAAGCCCCUAUAUUGUAUUUUUAAUUCUAGAAGAAUGUGGAGAAUAUGAAAUAAAAUGAGCUUUAAAAAUGUA